AUGACUCGACGUGCUGACCUAAUCCCAUUGCAUGUUCGAAUUCGUCAGGAUGAGGAACGAGAUGUUGAUCUUCUUGUAAACGAUUUAAGUGAUUGGGUCGGUGUGAUCCUGAAGUUCGAGGGUAUACUGAAUUGGGAAAAUCCGCGGCUGUUGAUCGCCAUCUUGCUACUGGUCUCCAGUGUCUUUUUAAUGUUUCAUUUAUAUAGUCCAACAAUCCUUUGUACUGUAGGUUGUUGUGGUCUGGCAUUGAGUAUACUGGACUAUUUCGGACCAACCGUAUCAGCCAGAUUGUCACAUGAAUUGUUGCCAUUCGAGGCCGGUCGACGAUAUCGCGAGUUUUGUCGACGCUUGGUGCACGCGCGAUAUUUGAUCAUCACGUUCGUGCUGUUCAUACGAGAUCUGCGUGACAGGCACAGAGUGAUUUACGUCUUGACCUGCAUACCGCUACUUCUAAUCUCCGGUUUCAUCGGGUUGCAUAUCAGUGACUUGCUUUUAUUCUACCUGUUGACCAUUAUUUGUCUAUUGACUCCGGGGAUUCGUCAUACCGGUGUGUUUGGGGUACGUCUUUCAACUCAUGCACUUUUUCCACCCAUUUUUUUUACAUAUGGCCGUAGCGAAGUUAUCUUUCUUUGUAGCGUAACAGUGUCAAGUUAA